AUCAGUGAUUCUCACGACAGCCUUGAACUAGGCUACCACACAUUUGUCAGUGCGCUCUUGAUGAAGCCCUCAGUAGGAGCCGUGCUGUUCCCAUCGUUAGUCGUGUGCUUGUUUUAGUGAAAACUUCGAUAGCAAUUUUCGUUCGACCAUCCCGUAGAAAAUCUAUGCUACUAACAGCAUAGUUGUUGGGUUUUCGUAAUCAACGAACAGUAUGACGAUGAUUCCAAUCGCACCUAUCCACCUUCGCAUAUUCGACUCAUCAGGGAUGACCGAUUCCAAGUAUUUUACCACCACCAAAAAGGGUGAAAUUUUCGAACUCAAAUCCGAGCUGAACAAUGACAAGAAAGAGAAGAAAAAGGAAGCCGUUAAAAAGGUCAUUGCCAGCAUGACAGUUGGUAAGGAUGUAUCCGCACUGUUUCCAGACGUCGUCAACUGCAUGCAAACGGACAAUCUGGAACUGAAGAAACUGGUAUAUCUAUACUUGAUGAACUACGCCAAAUCACAGCCCGAUAUGGCGAUCAUGGCCGUCAACACGUUUGUAAAGGAUUUGCCACAUUCUCAACUCGUUAAGGACUGCGAAGAUACGAAUCCGUUGAUUCGAGCACUGGCCGUUCGUACGAUGGGCUGCAUCCGCGUGGACAAGAUUACCGAGUAUUUGUGCGAACCGUUGCGCAAGUGUUUGAAAGACGAAGAUCCGUAUGUUCGCAAGACGGCUGCUGUCUGCGUUGCCAAGCUGUACGAUAUCUCCAGUUCGAUGAACGUUUCCCCAUUCCAGGUGGAGGAUCAGGGUUUCUUGGACCAGCUGAAGGACCUGCUGUCGGAUUCAAACCCGAUGGUGGUGGCUAAUGCCGUGGCUGCUCUGAGCGAGAUUAAUGAAGCUUCGGCAAACGGGCAACCUCUGGUGGAAAUGAACUCUGCUACCAUUAAUAAACUGCUGACUGCCCUGAACGAAUGUACCGAGUGGGGACAAGUUUUCAUUCUAGACUCAUUGGCAAACUACACACCCAAGGAUGAAAGAGAAGCUCAGUCAAUCUGCGAACGUAUCACUCCUCGCUUAGCCCAUGCCAAUGCUGCUGUUGUGCUGAGUGCAAUUAAGGUACUCAUGAAGUUGCUGGAGAUAUUGGCAACUGAUAGCGAUUUUUGUGCAAUGCUAACGAAAAAGUUAGCACCACCUUUGGUAACACUGUUGAGUUCCGAACCAGAGGUCCAAUACGUAGCGCUUAGAAAUAUCAAUCUAAUUGUUCAAAAACGGCCGGAUAUUUUGAAACACGAGAUGAAAGUUUUCUUUGUCAAGUACAACGAUCCAAUCUACGUGAAGUUGGAAAAGCUGGAUAUCAUGAUUCGAUUGGCCAAUCAAAGCAACAUCGCCCAGGUGUUGAGUGAAUUGAAGGAAUAUGCUACUGAAGUAGACGUGGACUUUGUUCGAAAGGCGGUUCGUGCAAUCGGUCGUUGUGCCAUUAAAGUAGAACCUUCGGCAGAACGUUGCGUUUCUACGCUGCUGGAUCUGAUUCAGACGAAGGUAAACUAUGUGGUUCAAGAGGCUAUCGUCGUUAUCAAGGAUAUAUUCCGCAAGUACCCGAACAAAUACGAAAGCAUUAUCAGUACGUUGUGUGAGAAUUUAGAUACUUUGGACGAACCGGAAGCGAGAGCCUCCAUGGUAUGGAUCAUUGGGGAAUAUGCUGAACGUAUCGACAAUGCAGAUGAGUUGCUUGAUAGCUUUUUGGAAGGGUUCCAGGAUGAGAACGCCCAGGUCCAACUGCAAUUGUUGACUGCUGUAGUUAAACUGUUCCUGAAACGCCCUGCCGAUACACAGGAGCUGGUACAGCAUGUUCUAUCGCUGGCCACUCAAGAUUCCGAUAAUCCCGAUCUCCGUGAUCGUGGUUUUAUCUACUGGCGUUUAUUGUCCACUGAUCCAGCCGCCGCUAAAGAGGUUGUACUGGCCGACAAACCGCUUAUUUCCGAAGAAACCGAUCUACUUGAACCGACCUUGCUCGAUGAACUAAUCUGUCACAUUAGCUCUCUGGCCAGUGUUUACCACAAACCACCAACAGCGUUUGUUGAAGGUCGUGGUGCAGGAGUACGUAAGAGUCUCCCCAAUCGUUCUACUUCAGCUGCCGGCGAAGACGCUGUGCAAGAAGCAACUGUCAUUCCGAAUCAAGAAUCUCUUAUCGGAGAUCUACUCUCAAUGGACAUUGGAGCUCCAGCUCCGCCAUCCGUACCGGCAGCGAACACAAGUAAUGUUGAUCUACUUGGAGGUGGAUUGGAUAUUCUUCUUGGCGGAGGCACCACAACCUCAGAAACUACAAACAACACUGCUUCUACUGCGGCUGCUGGUGGUGCAGGUGGUCUACUAGGUGAUAUAUUCGGUAUUGGAUCAGCAGCCUCUUCUAACAUGAUUCAAAUCCCAAAAAUAUGCUGGCUUCCCGCAGAUAAGGGAAAAGGUCUUGAAAUUCAAGGUACCUUCUCCCGUCGAUCUGGGCAAAUCUUCAUGGACAUGACAUUUACUAACAAAGCAAUGCAGGCGAUGACCGGAUUUGCCAUUCAACUUAACAAAAACAGUUUUGGGUUGGUUCCAUCGGCACCGCUGCAGGUGGCUCCUCUUCAACCAUCCCAAUCCGCUGAAGCUUCUCUGUCACUUGGGACCACUGGACCAGUUCAGCGAAUGGAGCCACUCAACAAUCUUCAGGUCGCCAUCAAGAACAAUGUGGACAUCUUUUACUUCGCCUGUCUGAUUCAUGGCAAUGUCUUGUUCGUCGAGGACGGACAGCUAGACAAACGAGUAUUUCUAACUACUUGGAAAGAAAUUCCAGCGGCAAAUGAAAUCCAAUACAAUCUACAUGGAAUCAGCGGAACGGCGGACACAGUCGCUGCCAAAAUGACCGCCAAUAGUGUAUUUACCAUCGCCAAACGAAACGUCGAGGGCCAGGACAUGCUAUACCAGUCACUCAAACUAACUAAUAACAUUUGGGUCCUUUUGGAGUUGAAACUUUCGCCGGGAAGCCCUGACGCAACCCUCAGUCUAAAGACGCGCUCAGUCGAAGUAGCACCUAUAAUAUUUGCUGCUUACGAGCAAAUCAUUCGAUCACCUUAGAUAUCAGACGGUUUAUCGCUAUCGGAUAAGCAGAAUAUUUCAAAAAAAAUAGUUCUUAUGUUUAGGUGCAAGUAUUUUUGUUGAUUCCGAGACGUAAUGUAACACAUCGUAUCGUUUAGCUGCAAAUUUAUUGUAUCGAAAUAACAAUUUCGGAGAAAGUUCAGAACAUGUUACAUAUGAAUCUAAUAAAAAUUAUAGUAUUGAACAAGUGGCUCACAAGCGCCGAUAAAAAGAUACAUAUUUCUGAAAUGAUAUGUUAGCAACAAUUAUGCAUAAAUAUUAAAUAAUAUAAUUUGCUAAUAUGCAAAGCAAACGUAAGUAUGAGUAUA